AAGCUUUACUGGACUAAAGACCUCAACAUCACAGAUGAAAUUUCUCCAUAUGCUUAGAUCAGCUGGUGUGAUGUUAUGGCGACCAGGGAAAAGUUGUUCCUCUAUACUGGGUCUUCUCAUCUACCUGGGAUGUGUCACUGCCCACAUUCCUCCAUUUCCGACAGGUUCGGCCUUCUCUGCCACACGUAGCAGCAGUGUUUUGGGUGGCACUCAGCAAGCUAUAACCUUUGACCGUCUCCUGGUUAACAUUGGUGAUGACUUUAACCCAGAUACGGGUCGUUUCCGAUGCCACUUGCCUGGCGCAUACUACUUCUCAUUCACGGUCGGAAAGUUUCCAAAAAAGAUGCUGUCGGUCAUGUUGGUGAAGAACGGGAUGGAGGUGCAAGCCAUGGCGUACAACGGAUACCGGAACCAAGGCCGCAAAGUGCACAGUCAAAGUGUGAUGAUCAGUCUGAAGCCCAUGGACACGGUUCACCUGCUACUACAUGAGAGCCCCAAGUAUGCCAUCUACAGCAAUGUCGGACCAUACAUAACAUUUAGCGGUUAUCUCGUCUAUCCAGACCCAACAUCCUCUGUGAGCUAUCUCAGUAACCACCUGUCUCCUCCAGGGCUUCAUCUUCCUGGAUGUCCUCCCUUUGUAGACCAUUAUUACGAUUGGAAAAGGAAAGUGGCCCAUGAGGAACCACGGUCUGCCUUUUCAGUUGCCAGGACAUCGUCAACAAAGGGGGAAAGCAAGGGUCAUCGGAAAAGAGAAGCUCUCACAUUUGAUGUGGAGUAUGUGAACAUAGGGGGUCAUUUCAACAAAACAUCCGGACGCUUCACCUGCCAUUUUCCCGGCGCGUACUUCUUUGCAUUUACCGUGGGGAAGCACCCUCAUCGGGUGUUGUCUGUCAAGCUGAUGACAGGUAGUGGAGAGGUGAAGGCCAUGGUGUUUGAUGAUGACACGUCUCGGAAGAGAGAGAUGCAGAGUCAGAGUCUAAUGUUGCCACUGAGAAGAGGAGACAGUGUUUGGCUGUACAGUCAACAGGAUGAAGGCUAUGCUGUUUACAGCAACCAAGGACGCUAUACAACCUUCUCUGGUUUCCUCAUCUACCCUAAUGGUGAAUCCAUGGACAGAAAUUUCCUGAGACCCUGAGCCAGGUCCAGUGCAAAAAAGGCCUGCCUAUUAAGCUUUAGUUUUUGUAUGAAUUCUGUUAAUACUUGCAUUUCUUUUGCUAAUGUGAUAAGGUCAUGUUCUUUUAUACUAUAGAUUACUUAAAUGCAUUAUUAUGUUGAAUGCUUUAUUCUGAUUGGUUGACAAAUGUUCCACAGGUGUUGAUUAUUUUCUGUAGUUGUAAAACGCACACCUAACCUGUCAAAAGUCUUAAAAUAACCACCAACAGUGUUUGCGGUAUAACUUGGUAUAAGCAGAAUAAUUGAAUCCGGUCCUUUAAAUUACGAGUCGUGCCACAUUACCACUUUGGGUGUGCAUUAUUUUCGAAUAACUCAACGGCCCGUCAUCAAUUAUUUCUUACAUCAGGUCCUUGUACAAUAUAGCUGAUGCAAAUCAUAAUGUUAAUAUUGUAUAAUUCUUGGGUGACAUUUAAUAUUAAUGGUUUAAUAAUCAUGUUCAUUUUUUGAAAUUAAUAAAAUUACUUAUACUGUAUAAUAAUUUGCAGAAAAUUAACUGUAAAUGAACUUUAAAGAGCAACCUAAAAACAUGUUAUUUUGUGUAUUUGGUAUAAUACAAUGUGUUUGCACAUUAUUUUCCACAU